AUGGCUUGUCCCGCAUUCUUCGCUCUGGAUGUGAAUGCUAUUGCUGUGCAAGCGCGCGAAAUCUUGGACAGGGCGAGGCGCCUUCUCAAGGGCGAAAACAUCUAUCCUUACUACUGGAAGAUUAUUCGGGCUGGGACCUGCAACGUGGUCAUCAGUGGGGUCGGCUGGAUGUGGCUCUUGCAAGUACUCGUAGGAAUUGUCUUGUUUCCACUAUGCGCAAUAUUGACCCACAAAUUUCUUGUGGACUGGGCAGCUUGGCAAAAGGUCAGAGAGGCCCGACGUGCCAAGAAGGGAGGCAAUCUGUCGGACGACAGCAGUGAUUCCGAUGAUGAGAGUUUGGUCAGCGAGACCACAUCCUACACUGAAAAAAGUCCCAUGAUGGGUCGACAGGUUUAUCCCGCGACGCACUAA